AUGGAAGUAGAAAAAGGGCGCGAGACGGAUACUAUGAAGAAAACAGAAAAAGAUAUUGGAAGGCAUCAUUUCUUAGAACAGGGAUUUACAAAAGUUAUUGCAUGUAAUGGCGACCGAUUAUACGAAUCAGAUAUUGAGCGCAAAGUGCCUGUCACCGUGUAUGCCACAAUCAAAGGAGCAAUUUUGAAGAGAGUGCAAGGCGAUAGAUUUGUUCUCCAAGUAACUUACACAAUUUCUAGUAAAGAUAAACGUAGCUUUUCCAAGUUUGGUAUUCAACCUACAAACGAAUUUUCGCUCAGAGAACGCAUACAAAAAGUCAAAAAGCGGCCACGCAAUUUAGAAGCCAUCUCUGAUAACGAGUCAAAAGAAGAAGAAUUAUUAUUGCCGAGCGAGGAUGAAUUUGCCACGUUCAAUACAAUUACGCACGCAUCCUAUGUUCUGGGAUUCUUGGAUUACAUCGAGCGUAAAUAUUGGAUUCAAAUCGGUUCGGGCAAUAGUCGCCACCAUUUUGAAGAACUUCUUCAACAGUGUAGCAACAUUGUUUACGAUGCCAUUCAAUCACAUACUCAUUUAUUUAACCAGAUAGUAAAAGGUCAAUCACCUUUAGAAGUAUUAAUCAGAUCUGACUGCAAACACACGGAUAAGAUGAUCAAAGCUUUGUUAAAGACGAACAAACAUAUUCCUCGAUUCCAUGAUAAAGGUCGUACCAAAUCUGCUCUCUCCCGUGCCAUAUCUCUGGGUAAAACUGAAGUAGUGCAUUCUCUGUUGAACUACUAUUGCAGACGAGCAUCGGAAAAUCCAGUGUCAUGGACAAUUACUGUCGUCCCGGCAUAUAACAAAUUAAGGUUAAUGUAUCCAGACUUUGCAUUGGAAGUGAUGGAAAAGCUCAGUUAUUUGCCAUCGACUAAGAAUAUUGAAAGAAGCGAUAGAGAAGAGAAUUUUGCGUUCUCAAAGGUUGAGGAACUAGCGCGCGAAGCCGAUGACACUGCAUGGCAGAAAUUUAAAACAUUUUAUUAUAAGAGCGAAAGACGGAUCGAUCGCAAGGCUUUACUGUAUAUCGGACUCCACCCAAGAAAACUGCCAAAGAACUAUCCAGAUCUAGCUACGGUGGAAAUGUACAUGCUUUCACCAAGCCAAAGAAGGCGAAAAGACUUUUUCCCGAGUCUUAUUUAUUACCGUGCAAACCCCGAUCUUGUGAAAGCAUAUAAAAAACGACGGCAAGACUUAAAGACGAUCCACGAUGAAAUCUAUCAUGCUGAUAAGGGUGACGAUGAAUUUGUUGGCUUUGACGCUUUUCAUGCUCAUUCCGACGACUAUGACGAAAGUAUUAGUGAGGUUAACCAUUCAACAAAACCUUCAAUAUGGUCUUCAAAGAAGAGUGUGCCUAGUGAUGCAGGAUCAAUAUUCUCAUAA